AAUCACCGUCCUUCUGGUAAUGGUAACCACCGACAAAAACCUACCCUGUGCUAUCCCAACCGUGUACCAGUAGCAGUUCCAGAAGCCAAGUAGCGAUAAUCAAGAUGCUCCAAAGCGCUCGAAUUCUCUUGUCUGUAGCCCAUCUUCUCCCCUGUAUCAUUCAGCGUAGUGAGAGCAGCUCUCUGCCCAAUGAAACUACCAGUUCCUCUCAACAACUUCCUGGGAACUUGAAUGCUUCCUCGUUUCAAAUCCCAAGUCUAUCAUCCAUCUUACCAUCCGCCAACUCUACCAAGGCCUUGAAUGGUUUGAAUGGAUUGGCCUCACCAGCUCCAAUAGCUCCGUUGAGUCCAGAUGCAUUGGCGAAGCAGUCCGAAUUCGAUCGCAAAAACAUUCCAGCUCGCCCUGUUCACGCUGCAGGUGCGGGCGCGUACGGAACGUUCACGGUGACCACCAAUUUUGCCCAGAGCCAAACUAGCAUGGAUUUAUUCUCCAACGUCGGUCAAACUACCCCAGUAACAGUACGAUUUUCGAACGCCCUUGGCGAGAAAGGCUCAUUUGACACCGCGCGUAACGUCCGGGGAUUCGCGAUGAAGUUCCAAACUAAACAAGGAGCUUGGGAUUUAGUCUCAAACAACGCUCCGGUGUUCUUCAUUCGCGAUCCAGCCAAGUUUCCGCCUCUGAUACAAAGCCAAAGUCGGGAUCCUUUGAACAACUUGGGCAAUGCGGAUACUGCGUUUAACUACUUCCCAAAUAAUCCGGAAACUAUGAACAUGUUUCUUCGAAUCUUUUCGAGUGCUGGAGCUUCUAGAGGAUGGAUUCACACUAAUGCUUGGAGCAUAAACACCUAUCGCUGGUACAAAAGUGACGGUACAUGGUCGUAUGUGAGGAUCAACUUCGAAACGAAACAAGGCGUGUUAAAUUUUACAGCUUCAGAACAAGCGCAAAUAUCAGAUCCCAGUUAUGGAGCCAGAGAGCUAUAUAGUUCUAUUCAAGCCGGCCAAUUCCCUCGUUGGACUAUGUUUGCCCAAGUCUUGUCUCCCAAAGACGCGGAAAACUUCAGAUAUAAUGUGCUUGAUGAUACUAAGGAAUGGCCUACUUCGCUCGUCGUCCCACAGGAGAUAGGCGUCUUGGAACUUAAUAAGAACCCAGCGAAUUAUUUUACCGAAGUAGAAAAGCUAGCCUUUUCACCCGCGAAUGUGAUUCCAGGUUGGGCAGCAAGCCAGGACCCAGUUUUGCAAAUGAGACUGUUUGCCUAUAGUGAUAGCUCGCGGUACCGACUUGGUUCCGGCAAUCCCACAAAAAUGAAGAAGAGAUUUUUGCAGAACGCUCAAACGCUCAAUAAUCCUGCUCAAAUUCUCAAAAACUCUGCUCAAAUGCUGAACAAUCCAACUCAAAUCCCAAAUGGUUCAACUACUACCGCUCCUAAGUACGACUCCGGUCAUAGCUUGUGGAUCAACCAAGCGCUUAAAUCUUUGAACCAGAUUUCACCGAUAGACUUCGAGCAGCCAAGUUUCUUUUAUGGGAAUUUGACUCAAGACCAAAAAUCUGAACUAAUCCAAAAUAUUGCUGGUGGAUUGAGUGUAGUCUCUUCACUGGAUAUACAAACUAACUUGAUCAAUUGGCUGGCUAAAGCUAGUCCGGAUUUAUCUCAACAAGUUUCUUCAAAAUUGAAGAUGAUGACAGGAUAA